UUACCACCCAUCCUGGAUCAACGACGCGUGGACUACGUUCAUAAUGAAAAUGAAGUAUCUAUUGAUUCGAGAUACGAUUAUACGAGAUAGCGCUUUUGAAGGAUAUCAUAAAUUAAUUAUCCCUUCUCGCUUGUAAUUCUAUCAAGCACGACGUGUCAUUUUUGAAAAAUGUUUUGUAUUUCUCAGGAAUCGCUACGCAAACCAUCUUGACCAUACCCGUUAGCCACGUCACGAACAAUCAAAUGGUAAACUUGGCGCUCAGUAAUGGACAGGUAGUUUCUACGACAUUGGCGAACCUUCAGUCUCUAGCUCAACCACAGAAUAUGCUUAACACGCCUACGAGCAAUGUUCCCACGAGCCCCAGCCUGGCAUCGGGAUUAGGACUGAACCCUGCUGCUUUGCCGCAUCUUCUGAGCAAUAGCUCGGCGAGCCAACAACUUCUGAAUGCGAUGCAGCCUCAGCAACUACUCCAGGCUGCCCAAGCGGCACAGGCGCAAGCGGCGCAAGCUGUACAAGCCGUUCAGGCUUCUCAGCAACCACUUCUAACGACAUCGCCUCAGCAGCACAGCCAUCGACACACCUCGCAUAUGAAUCAUUAUACAGUAUGUAUGACUGG